AUGUUACAUGGUACACAUUUCCAAGUUGAGAACGAAGAAGAAUUGCCGGAAGAUAAAAUUUGGGGUCCGUAUUUAUGGUACUUCAAUGACGGCAGUAUUAGCGAUGCAAAUAGGAGACUAAAAAAAGAGCAAUAUAAUUGGCCAUACAAGUGGUUCAAUAAUAAGAAGUUUUCAAGCAGAGGUUCUUUAAAAAGAAGAUUAGCCUUAUCUAAUGGUGCGCCAGCAUCAAAUGUCAAUUCGUUCUUAGGCAAUUCAGAUUAUACAAUGGUUCAAGGUGCUUCAUAUAAAUAUACUGGAUAUACGGAUGAAGAAGGGUAUUUCCAAUUGAGCAAUAUUAGAACUGAGAAUAAAUAUUACCUUCAAGCAUAUACUUCCGAAUGGUCGAGUAAGUAUACCGAUAUUGGUGGCGUUAUAGGAAAUUUCACUUACAACGAGGAAAUUGAAAUCAAGAAGGAUAGUUCUUUAGAUUUGGGUAAAAUAGAAUGGAAAGCUAAAGAUUAUGAAUUAAUUUGGCAAAUUGGGACCUACGAUAGAACCUCUAAGGGAUUCAAGAACGGAGGUGUAUCUUACAGAGAUUUUCAGACCGAAGAAGCACCUGCAGAAUUUUAA